GCUCCAACUCCUGCGGAGUUCGAACACCGAAAGCCGCGAUAUCCUCACCACCACUCUUGAAGGUGCCGGCUUGUGUGUUAUCAUGCCGUUCAAUUUCUUGCGCACUUCGUUUGCUGAAGUCUUGUGCGGAUCAAAGAUCCAGAGUGUGACCCUUUUGCGAGCCCUCCCGCCGUCCAAUUGCUUGCCCACGACGGCAACUCUCAGGCUUCACAUUACGCAAGAUAUUGAAAACUUGAAGAAGUCUUCUAUCAAUUGAGGCAUUGCGUGGCUAGUUGUGAUAGCUGUAUUGCCCUUUCAGGUGACCUGCAGUCGUCAGCUGCCAUUGCAAGCCGAAUGUGAAUGUUUAGAGUAACGCUAGACACUACUAACCUCGACUCGCAACAAUUCGGCGACUUGGUUUCCCCUCAUUAUGACUCGCUUUUGCUUCCCGUCAAGACUCAGAAUGUCGCACCAAAGCAGAAGGCUAAACACUUCCUACCGCCGGAACGGCAAGCUUCAAUCCUGUGAGCCAUGUCGUAAAGGCAAACUCCGAUGCGAUCAUAUGAUGCCGACAUGCGGGCGGUGUGCACGCCGCAACAAGCCCGAACAGUGUGUCUACCAUCCCGCUCCAUUGACAAAAACCACCACCCUGCCAACUCCGCAUGCUACGGAAUCAUCGGGGAGUCCGCCGUCAGUGGCUGCUACCUAUGACUUCAACUCUGCGUCAUUCUCGAACCUCCAAUUCCCUCCCUUUGACAAUACUCCUGUUUACCAGCCAAGGGUCCCACGAGCCAGUAGUCUACCAGCCCAGCCAUGGUCAUCAAAUCAUCAACCGAGUAUCGACGACCUCGCCCGAAGGCCUCCAUGUUAUCCGGACAGCCAACUUAGAGGUGGUUCUAUAAGCUUCCAGCAGACGGCAGGCUUUGUGUCCCAUUCUGCUAUUUUAAAUGAAAACGAAAGCAGCAUUGGCAUACUUCCGCCAAACUCGGCCGCCAAUCAAUCUGUUGUCUCGCAAUACCACAUCGAGAAGGGAGUGGCCAUCCUCACCUUGUUGAAAGACUUUCCGCAGAUUGACAAGUACAUCGACAAAUGGUUCUCUCUCACCCGAGGCAUCAUCAUCAUCGAGCCGAUGGUGCGGAUGUGGGCCGCUGGUAUUUGGUCAGCAUGGCAUAAAGUGCUUGAGAGUCAGAAGCCCGAAGGGCUCAGACAAAUGUCUGAGAAGGUGUGGGCUAAUACAAUGAAACCGGUAACGGCUAUUCUCAACCAGAAUACGACCCCACAAGAGUUUACCACGAGGACUACGGGCGAAGACCUACGUUGGGAGGUAGUGGGAAUGAUUCUCACCUUGAUUGGGCUCCUUGCUCAGAGCCUCCAAGAUGGCGACCCAAUAUUCUGCUCCCAUGACGACCCACCUGUUGACCGGGCUGCUCUGGCGGUACGAAUGUACAAUGCAUCAGAAGCUUGUAUCGGUUUCUGUGCAGAUUUUGACAUCAUGAAUGAUCUUUAUUUGUGGCUGUUGUACGAGUAUACCGUGGUAUAUUGUAAUUUACACGCAAGAGGGAGUUAUUCCAACUGGCAAAAAUCCGGAUACCUUGCGACCGCUCUUGUAGCCUUUGGCCUUCAUCAAGAAAUCAAAGUCGACGAAAACACUCCAUUCUUCAUGGCAGAACUACGUAAACGCCUCUUUGUCUCCUGCUAUGAGAACGAUAAAUUCUCGGCAUCCUUCGUUGGCCGUCCCCCCAGACUGACUCGUCAAUACUGUCGCAUCCAGCUGCCUUUGGACCUGAGCGACGCACAAACAAUGUCCGAUGGGUUGGACCUUGACAAUGCACUUUCAAACCUCGACGCAAAUGGAUGGAACCAGCGCGGAGCUAUUCAUCACUGCACGUUCGCUCGAAUAUUUGCUUCCAAUGCCCUGAUAACUGAGGAAAUACUCGAGAUCUCCCUCGGCUUCUUAUCCACUGAAGAAAUCGUUUCUCGCGCCGCGGACAUCGAGGCACGCGCAAUCCUCCUCUGGGAGAAUUUCCCAUCCUUUCUCCGUGUUGACCCCGAAAAUCCAUGGGACAUCAAGCGCGCACCGAUCGAGCUCCUCUUUCUCGCCUAUAUCCGGCUUGCUGAUCUCGGACACCAUUUCCUACUGCAACGCACCUUAAUCAAGAAGGUUGGCGCGGACUCAACGAAAUUACUCACGGUGUCAAGGGAAAUGUUUUCUUUCAUACUAGUGCUUACAAACAACAGAGGGUCACUGCGGGAUUUCCAAAUCGAUUUCUCGCAAUUACUGUGUAUGUACGGCAUCCCCUCAGCAGCCGUCAUUGCCGUCGAACUUCUCCACCAAGAACAAAAUUCCUCAGGCACAUCCGCCCCUCUCCCUCGCUCUGAUACUAUUCAAGAUCUCUCCACAUUUGUUGCGUGCUUGGGAUGUGUAAGGCCAGAGAGUGGCGGAUAUCCAAUCUGCGACCGAGGUCGAAAAUUCUUGAAGAGAAUCCUUGAUACGAUAUUAACACCAGCGCCGCUCAUCAGUUCGAAUUCGGAUACCGAAGUUCUUGGCGAUACUAGCUUUACAACUCCACUGUUUCAGACCGGAAAUAAUGGAGAGUUUAUGCGGUGGUUGGAAAGUAUGGAAUGGGAGCAGGAGAGCUGGGUGAAUUUUAAUCAGAUCCAGGCGUGAUCUUCUCUUUCGACAUUUGGGGGUUCAAAUUACUAUGAAUGGACUUGGAAUGCCAGCCACGUUUCUGUUUCAGUUCUGGGUAUCUCUUGUCAACUAUGUCCCGGUCUC